GCCCAGCUUUGUACUUGCUCGAGGAUAACGCGCGGCGGGGAUCCUGCGAGUUUCGAGAAAGAAUGCGCCCGGGCCUCCGUCAUAUAGGUGCUGUCCGCUUGUUAGUGCCGUCAUUCGUGUGCCGCGUGUCGACUGUGAUGGCCCCCGGACGGGUAUCAUAGCCGAACUCAUCAGUGCGAGCGCAGAGAAUCGCAACGCUAGUUUGCUCCGAGGCGCGGUCAUGGCGACGUCGUCUGCUCCGAGGCGCUCGGCCGCCGUCUGCUGCUGUCGAGCGGCGGCCGUGGUGGUUUUACUGCUCCUGCCCGUGUGCCGCGCGGUCACCGAUACCGGGCGGAUGUGCGAACCCAUCCGCAUCGAAAUGUGCAAGGAUAUCGGAUACAACGUCACCGGAAUGCCCAACCUGGUCGGCCACGAACUCCAGCAGGACGCUCAACUGCAACUGCAAACUUUCAAGCCACUCGUCCAGUACGGCUGCGCGUCCCAGCUCAAGUUCUUCCUCUGCUCUGUGUACGUGCCCAUGUGCACCGAGAAGGUCCCCCAACCCAUCGGUCCGUGCCGACCGCUGUGCGAAAGCGUGCGCUCACGGUGUCAGCCCGUGCUCCAGGAGUUUGGAUUUCCGUGGCCCGCGGCACUGAACUGUUCCAAGUUCCCGCCACAGAACAACCAUCGGCACAUGUGCAUGGACGGCCCCGCGCCCGACGAAAGUGACCGCUACCGACCGGGACCGAGGGCCAAGCCCCCGCGCCUGAACCGAAAGCCUGUUGUAGAGAGGCCACGGCAGCGAGGACUGUGCGACGCGUUCCAUUACGGGGAGCGCUACUUCUACUACAUCAAUAGCACGCAGCGCUGCGCUCACCUCUGCGAUCGGGACAUCCUGUUCACGCAGGAGAACAAACGCUUCGCCGAAAUCUGGACCACGCUGUGGGCCUGCUUUUGCUUCUUCUCCACCCUCUUCACGCUCAUCCACUUCUUGAUAGACCCGAGCCGCUUCCACUACCCAGAGCGCUGCAUCAUCUACCUGAGCGGCUGCUACAACGUCUACAGCGUUGCGUACUUCGUGCGCUUGCUGCUGGGCCGCUCGAGCGUGUCGUGUCACAUGGACAGCCAGCACGAGGUGUCCAUCCUGAUACAGGAGGGCCUCGACAACAUCAACUGCACGGUGGUGUUUAUGCUCCUGUACUACUUCGGAAUGGCCAGCGCCACUUGGUGGGUCGUGCUGACCGUCACCUGGUUCCUGUCGGCCGGCAUGCGCUGGAGUCACGAGCGCGUCCAGAAGCACAUGACCGCCUUCCACUUCCUCGCCUGGGUCCUGCCCGCCGUGCAGACCAUGGUCAUCCUCGUGAUGCGCGUAGUGGACGCCGACGAACUGACGGGCACAUGCUUCGUGGGCAACCAGAACUCCGCCGCCCUGCUCGGAUUUGUCGUCCUGCCGUCCAGCGUGUACCUCGUCGUCGGCGCCAUGUUCCUCUUCUGGGGAUUCGUAGUGAUGCUGCGCUCGCGCGACGCGAUCGCCAUGGGGCACGCCCCGAAGGCGGACAAGCUGGAACUGAUCAUGAUCCGCGUGGGCAUCUUCGCCGUCCUCUACAUGAUUCCGGCCACCUGCGUUCUGGCGUCGUACAUCUACGAGUACUCGAACCGCGACGCGUGGCAGGCGGCGUCUUCGGCGCUUAGGCCAAACGUGGAAGUGUUCACGCUGCGCAUCUUCAUGGCGCUCGUGGUGGGCAUCACGACGGGCGUCUGGACCUGGUCGAGCCGCGCGUCCCUGAACGCCUGCCGUCGGCCCACGUCGCCUCAGUACGUCGAGCACAAGCCGCCGCAGCACAAGGUCGUGUUCACCGCUGCGCACGUCUACCAGCAGCAGCAACAGCAGAAACCCAUGCUGAAACGAACUGUGUCUGCGGACAAACAUCAGUACAAGCGUGUGUUCAGGGUCAAAGGCGGUUCCGAGACGACCGUCUGACGGUAGUGGAAAACUCGCCGCGAACUGCAUCAUCCUCGAACAAUGAGACAUCGUCCUUGCCCAGUGCCUUUUUUUUUUUUUUUCCUGCUUUCGUUCUUCACAUGUGACGUGCCUAGCACACAAACCAUUUGGAUUACUCAUCGUCAUCCCGUCGGACUCCUUGCCUGCGCUACUUCGAAAGACUCUGGAACGAGGACAUCAGCUGCGGCGAGAACCCUUCCUUUAUUGCAUUUAGAACUUGCCGACAAAAGAAUGCUCCCCCAGUGAAUAUUUAGGGUCGCGUGCGAUCCUCCAUUGUACAUUGUGUAAAUAGCCGCCCAUUUGUACAUACUUAUUCAUAGAUACAUAGCUUAACUGCGUUCUCUAGGUUCUCGUAGUGUGACUUAACGCAGAGAGAGCACGGGCUGAGCCCGAUUUGAACACGUAUUUGUACAGAGCCGUUUCGCUGUGGCGAAAUAUAUGCUGUUUGAUAUA